AUGAGACAGUUCACUGGAGGAAAGAAGUUACUAAGACCUGCAGUUACAAGAUUUGCAACUACGUUCAUCACCCUUCGUUCAAUCCAUCUUCAAAAGAACAACUUGAGGAAGAUGUUUACUUCUGAAAAUUGGAAUACUACUAAAUGGGCAAAGGAGGCAGCUGGCGAAAAAGCAGCCACUAUUGUUUUGAUGCCUACUUUUUGGAGUACCAUCGUCUAUGCUCUUAAGUUAACAGGUCCACUUGUUCGUGUACUCCGUUUGGUUGAUGGGGAAAAGAAGCCUGCAAUGGGAUAUAUUUAUGAAGCAAUGGAUAGAGCUAAGGAAGCCAUAGCUAAGGCUUUUGGUGAGAGAGAGGAUAAAUUCAAGGAGGCAUUUGAAAUUAUUGAUACGAGGUGGGGAUGCCAACUCCAUCAACCGUUGCAUGCAGCUGCACACUACUUGAAUCCUGAAUUUUUCUAUUCAAACCCCAACAUUUUGCAAGAUGAAGAAAUUAUGACGGGUUUGUACAAAUGUAUUGGAAGGUUACUGCCAACUAUUGAAAUGCAAGAUAAAGUUUCAAAUGAGUUGGAAAAAUACAAUGCCGCUGGUGGCAUCUUUGGAAUUAGUUUGGCAGUGAGACAAAGGAAGACAAAAGCACCAGCGCAAUGGUGGAUGGCAUAUGGAUCAACAACUCCAAACUUGCAAAAGUUUGCUGUGAAAAUUCUUAGCCUCACGUGUAGUGCUACCGGCUGCGAAAGAAAUUGGAGCAUAUUCCAACAUCUUCAUAGCAAAAGGAGAAAUAGGCUAUCCCAGCAACGCUUGAAUGAUUUGGUAUUUGUGAAAUAUAAUCGAACUCUGAGGCGUCGAUACGACAAACGUGACACCAUUGAUCCCAUCCUCCUAAAGGGCAUUGAUGAUAGUAAUGAGUGGUUGAUUGGUAGGAUGAAUGGUGAUUCUGAUGAGGAUGAUGAACUUGUGUUUGAAGAUGAUAAUUUGACUUGGGAUUCUGUUGCUAGAGCUGCUAGACUAAAUAACCCCCCGCAUCACACUAGAUCAAGAAUAAGUACAAAUAUGCCAUCAUCGUCUAAAGGAAGAGGAAGGGCUUCAUCUAGUAGUGCAACCAGUGCUAGGUGUCGGACCACAAUGUUGGAACUUGUUCACUCCACACGUGAAAUUGAACAGAUUGCUAUAUCAUGA